AUGUCUCUAGUUCCCUAUAGCCCCACCGAUGACUCCCGUAGUGUAGUUCUCCGCCAUCGUCAAACCCUCGUAAUCUACGACCCUUCCUCGAACCAAUUAGUUCUCCACCAAGCUUCGCCGUCCACCUCUGGUCCGCCCGACCUCCCCUCAUGUCCAUUCUGCAAACGCCCCCUCGACUCCGCGCCCGCACCCGGGUCACCCGAGGCUGGCGGGGAGGGGUUUGUAGUUCAAAAUUACUUCCAGUUGUUGGAUGAUAGAAACAUCCCCCCAAACAUGCCUCCUCCCAUCCGCCGUACCCCGCCAUCGCCCACACACCGUAGUCUACCACGGCCCGAGGUUGAGGAUGUUGGUGAGGACCCAGGUUUUCACCAGGAAACAGACCCGUAUUCUGAGCCGGUCGGAGGCGGAGGGAUCAGCGAUGCGGCGUUUAGUCCAAAGUAUUUCGAACGAUUCUUUGUGACGCAGAGGGAGCUAGGGAGAGGUGGGAAGGGUGUUGUGCUGUUAGUUCGGCAUGUUCUGGACGGAGUAUCGCUGGGAGAGUUUGCGUGCAAGAGGGUUCCUGUUGGUGACAACCAUAAAUGGCUAGAAAAGGUUCUCAAAGAAGUUCAACUUUUACAGCAACUUUCACAUUCCAACUUAGUCUCCUAUCGACAUGUAUGGUUAGAGAGUGUACGCCUAACAACCUUUGGCCCGAGCGUUCCUUGCGCCUUUAUCUUGCAACAGUACUGCAAUGCAGGUGAUCUCCACGACUUCAUCCUCACUGCCACCAAAAAGACCACUACAGAACAAUUGAAAGAUAAGAUUCGGCGUCGGACUCGCGGAAUCUCCGCAUCUGAUGAAACGCCACUUGCACCGCGACGUUUAGCGUUUGAACAGAUUAUUUCAUUCUUUAGCGAUAUUGCCAGUGGACUAAACUAUUUACAUAGUAACGGCUUUAUACACAGAGAUUUGAAACCGUCAAAUUGUUUGCUAAACGAUACUGGAAUACCAGGCCAAGAACUUAGGGUAUUGGUAUCCGAUUUCGGCGAGGUACAGAUGGAAAGUGAAAAAAGAAAUAGCACAGGGGCAACAGGAACGAUUAGUUAUUGUGCACCGGAGGUUCUGCGGAGAGUUUCACCUGCUGGUCAAUUCGCAAACUUCACAACGAAGUCCGAUGUUUUCUCCCUUGGAAUGAUUCUUCAUUUUAUGUGUUUUGGCAAUCUCCCCUAUGCCUGCGCAGAUUUGAGGAACGAGGAGAAUGAAAAUCUCGAUAGUCUUCGUAAUGAGAUUUUGGCUUUCCAGGGACUCGAUGAACGAACUCGGCUGCGCUCUGAUUUACCAGAAAGGUUGUAUCAAAGUUUAAAGACUCUUAUAUCUCCUGAUCCCAAUGUCAGACCAUCAGCAGAGGAGAUAUUACUAGGCUUGGGUGGUGCUAUAGGAGAGGAUCCUCCAAUUAGACGUGGAUCUUCUGGCUCCCAGAAGAAACCGGUGAUCAACGUUGAUGAUGGGUCAACACUUGGUUUCCGCCGUAUCUCACCUGUCGCGGAUACUCCACCUCCCUCUACCCCUAUUGGGUCUCCUAGCGCUGCUGCACAUUAUGACUACGACACAUUCAAACAUAAAGCAUCAUUCUCCUCAUCUAGUAAUGCACGUACAAUUAAACAGCAGCGCGGAUCUAAACUGUCUGCAGGACCAGUGUUUCCCCCUUCUGACCCAGCAAGUUCCGAUAGUAUAAUCCUCCGCCCUCGCAGGCCUUUACCAGAGCAGAUGGCGCCAAACUGGAAGAGGUCAGUGGUUAUGCUUUCAAUGAGGCCUGAGUGGGUUACAGCGGCAAAAAUGCUGUUGUUUUUGGUAAAGGUCGGUACUUUGAGUGGAUCUUGUACCCCGGUUGGUGUAAAACCAUGGAUUUAUUAUCCACUCAUGGGGCUUGCUGGGUUCGAUUUUUCAAGGUCUGAUCCCACGGUUACGAUAGUGUUGACCAUUGUGCAUUUUGUAGUUUUGGGGCUUGUUCAUUCUGUUGGAAGAGUAUGCUUGUAUUAG